AUGAAGGACAUAGAAAUCGAUGAGCAAGGAGCAUACAUCACAAUCGGCGAAGCCUUGGAAGCCACCGCACUCACGGCCGGGCGCCACCCAGUCGAUUACAGCGAUGCUGCCGCCAUUCAGGCAGCCGAGGUCCGGGCAACCGGCCGCACCAACAUUGUCCCCGGCGGGGUUGCCGCCGCUGCCCAAUCAGCCGCCAAUCGCAAUGCUCGAAUUGUUGAUGACGAUGAGAAGACCAAACUCGGAGACAUUCUUUCGGAUGCAAGUGUGAGGCUGCCGGCGGACAAGCCGGUGAUCCGUUCAGAUGCCGAGGGAGUGAUCAGUGCCGAGCUACGAAAUGCUCCCAACCUGCGCACACACCCCGGCGGUGUGGCAGCAUCGGUUGCUGCUGCUGCGAGAAUUAAUCAGGCCGCGAAUUCAUCCCAAUAUACAAAUAAUUAA